CUGAGCUAUCAAUUUUUUGUUGAUAUCUUGCUUAUCAUCAACAUGUCUGCAGACCAACAAGACCAGAACAUCAAUGUCAAGCAUGUCUACAACGAGUUUGUCGACAAUCUAUUUGUUGUCUUAAAGGAGCUAGACAAGGAUGAUCUCGUUUUGAAUAAUUUGUUUCCCUCCCAGUUUUUUGAAGCUGAUUUCAACCAUAUUCAAGAUGCUUAUUUGAAAUAUUUAGACAAUUUCCUAUAUGAAGAUGAUGUGGAAAACCUCGGUAAUGACAGCAAAAUCACUCCAGAGACUGGUAAUGAUAAAAUCAGAAUCAAAAAUGACACUCAUAUAUCCUCCAAUGGCAACCCAGACAAAUUUAACAAACAAGAGGACCCUGAGUACCAGUCUCUUGAUCAAUCUCACAAAAAACUUGAUCUGAGCAUCGAGAAUUCUAAUCCUAUUAAGAGAAAACCUAAACUUAUUACCCAGGAAUUUCUAGAAGAUUUCAAAAACAAUCAAGCAACCUCACUUCUUAAAAAGUAUGAGAGUAAACUAUAUUAUUUCAAUCCCAAUAUUUCCAAUAUUCAAAUUGAUCUGAGUAAUUUAAGUAAAGAAAAUGAUUUUCUAAUUUAUAAACUAUUCCAUGAUAUCAAAUUAUCUUGUUUCAUUUUAAUCUACAAUUUAACAAAAAUGAAUAAAGCUGGUUCAAUCGUUUACAAUAACAUUGACAAGUUUUAUCAAAUUUCUUUAAAUUUAAUACUAAAUAAGUCAUUCAACUUGAGGGCUUUAUUAUCUUCUUAUAAACCUAUUGAAAUUGUUUCUAAUACUAACAAUGAUACUAUCAAUAUAAAUAACAACAAAGUGGACAAAAAUAAAAGGACAAGAAUGAAAACAAGAAGCAAAUCAAAAUCAAAAUCAAAGUCCAAAAAUAUUAAUAAUAACACCAAGAAUUCAAAUGAUACAGAAAUGACAAACAAUACAAAUGACAAAAUUGAUAAAAAUGCAAAUAAUGUCAAUAACAUCAUUGCUAAUAAUAAUAAUAAUAAUAACAGUAAUAAUAAUAAUAAUAAUAACAGUAAUAAUAAUAAUAAUAAUAACAGUAAUAAUAAUAAUAAUAAUAAUAAUAAUAAUAGUAAUAGUAAUAGUAAUAGUAAUAGUAAUGGUAAUAUUCAUAGUAAUACCGCAAAUAACAUUAAUAACUUUGACUUUAACAAUAAAAAUGACAUUAAUAAUAACUUUGAUAUUAACAAAAAAAUUAUAAAUGAUGAUGACUUCAACUCAAUUUCUCCCGUUUUAGCUCAACUUCUUACCAAUCAUUUAAACAAAGAUUUAAAAAAAAUUGAGAUUUCCUUUAACAUACCAAAUAAUGAAGCCAUUUAUUUUCAAUCAAAUAAUAACAAUGUUACUAAUAAUAUGCCCUUAUUUUCAUCUUUAAUUAAUAAAUCAUCUUUGGUCGAUAACAUCGACAUUAAAAAUGAAACUGAAACUGAAACUGAAACUGAAAAUAAUAAAAAUAAUAUUUUCAAAACUUUGACAAUCUUACCCCAAUCAUAUUCUUAUCCUGUCGCUAAUCUUGGUUCUUUAAAUUCUUCAAUUAGCAAUAAUAGAAGUUUUAAUUACAACUCUGAUAUUAAUAAUAAUAUAAUCUUAAAUCCAUUUUGUCAUCCAAAUUGGUAUUUUUUACCUGAAAAGCAUUGGAAUGGUCAUCUCAAUUCUCUCUCAAUUAAGUUUCCUUUUGUAGAUGAAAAAAAUUUCAUUUUUUCAAUUAAAUCGGUUGAAAAAUCAUGGUUUGAACAAUUAGGUUUGAAAGAAUUACUCAAUAUAAAACAAAAUUAUUAUGAUUCAAUCAACCAGAAAAAAAGUGAUCUUAAAGCUGAUUUAAAGUCUGAUUCAAGCAUUCAGACUAAUGGAAACUUGAAAAAAAUUGAGCAAAAUUCAGUUUUAAAUGAAAAUAAUAAUAAUAAUAGUAAUAACAACAAUAAUAGUAAUAACAAUAAUAGUAAUAAAAUUGCUACUAUCGUUAUUGAUAAUAAUAAAAAUCAAGUUGAUGAGACUGAUGUAUUAAUGACUGAUGAAACAACAGAAAUCAAUGAAAGCGAAAUAAAUAAAAAAGAAAAUCCUCGAGAGUCAAAUAAGAUAAAUCUUGAGAAUCUUUUGCAAUUCAAUCCUUUGCAUCUCACAAUUGACGAUGAAGAAAUCCAUGCUUUUAAAAAUGGGACCCAGCAACAAUUAGCUAGUAAAUUAAUAUUAAAAUUAAAUGAUUUGAGAAAUAAAAGAAUAGCUACUCUAAAUAGAAUUUCAAAACCUACUAUUGAAGAAAAAAAAAAUUAUUUGAAGCUUCAAAGAAUAUUAUCAAAUAUUCUUUCUGACAUUAAUCCAAAGGAUAUCGUGUAUGAUGAGGAAACUAAUGCUGAUGGUAUUAAAUUUAGUGAAAAUAUUCCUGUUUUUGCUACUAAUUAUAGUGGCAUAUUACCCCCAAUUAAUAUUUCUAAUCAGAAUUUUUCUCCUAGUGGGAAGCCAAUUAAAUCAAGUGGUAGGUCACAAAAUAUGAAUUCGAAAUCAAAAAGACGUUAAAAUUUAUUUAAAAUUUAUUUUACAUUUUUGUUUUUUUUUAUUUCUGCUAGUGGAUUUAUUCUUUCUUUUGUAUUUUUAACUACCUAUUUAUUUAUUCU